AGUUCCAAACAUGUACGCUUGGUGCGCUGCUGCAGAAUUGUACACGGAGGUAUAAUGCAAGCUUAAGUUAUCAGGAUUACCGUCAGACUCCAUAGUACUUCGAGGCAUCAUUCCUGAGAUUUCAUCUGCAACGUUAUCAAUCUCUCUUCAAAGACAUCAGUAUUACAGAAGUUGACAAAACAUUCGGCUGCGCCCGUUUGCUUAUUGUGCUGUAAUUAAACACAAAACUAUGACUGAAGUCAUUGGGACACAAACAGAGUUACUGAAGAUUUCACCCAUGUUCAAGGAACAUUUUCUCACUGAUAUAUUAAAAGACAUGAGUGGGCAACCAGAUGCAGCGCUUAAGGGCUACACAUUGUCUCCCAUGGCUGAUCAGGCAGACUGCUAUGCAAGUGACAUUCGAAGAAUACGAAUUGAAGGCACAUCACAUAAUGGCUCUAAAGCUUGUUCUGUAUCAGUUAUUAUUAAAGCUUUACCAUCUAAUAUUUGCCACAGAAAAUCAUUUAAAUUGGUAGAAUUCUACAGAAAUGAAGUAAACUUCUACAAAGAGGUAUUUGAGAAGUUGAUGGCAUUCCAGAAGAAGAAAAAGCCAAAAAAUCCCUUUACACAAAUUCCAAGGUGCUAUAAGGCAUUUACAGAUGGUGAUCAUGACUUCAUUGUUUUGGAAGACCUGAGUGUGUUUGGUUUCCAGCCGGCAAAAGGACAAGACACAUAUAACUUUGAACAUUGUGCAGAAGUUUUGAAAUGCAUGGCUAAGUUCCAUGCUCUUUCAUUUGCUAUGAAAGACCAGGAACUGGAAGAAUUCAGAACUGCUGCUGCCAAUUUGGAGGAAGUGCUCUACAGUGAAGCACAACGAGAAUGGUACCAAGGAAUGAUGAAAAAUGUACUAAAUUAUUCUAUGCAGGCAGUUUCCUUAGAAUAUCCUGACAGCGUAUAUGAACAAAAGAUGAGAGAAUUCUGUGAAAGUGCAGUCUAUGAUAAAGCCAUUGAUCUGGUUAAGCCAGACAAACCUCACUCUGUAGUUCUGAAUGGAGAUACAUGGGGUCCAAAUUUUUUAUUCCUGUAUGAUGGUUCUGAUGAUCAACAUUUAAAAGAUGUUCGUAUAAUUGAUUUUCAAAUGUCACGGUGGGCAAAUCCAGUAUGUGAUCUCUCAUUCUUUCUGUAUUCAAGCACAUCCAAGGAAUUGAGAGAGUCAAAUAUCUCAGAUUUACUUAAAACUUACCACCAAAGUCUUUCUGAGAUGAUUCAAGAUUUGGGAUCUGAUCCACAAGUUGUUUACCCAUACAAAAUAUUUGAAGCUGAGGUAAAACAAUUCUCAAUUUUUGGAUUCAUUAUGUCAUUGGAAGCAGUGGCAGAGAGCACACUGGAUGACCAGGACAAACCGAAACCCAGCUUAAUGGAAGGAGAAGAAUUUAUUCCAUUUCAUGAAAUUUGGAAGUUUCCACCAUUAACAAAUAAGCAAACUAUCAAGCGACUAGCAGAUAAUGUAAAAUAUGCUAUAGAAAAUGGACAUAUUUAAUAUAUAAGGAAACCUGUUUCAGCCUUCAACACUUUGCCUGCCAUGUAGCCACCGGUGACCACAACAGAGCCUUUAUGCAUGACACCAAGGCCUGGACUGGUGGUGAAAUAUCCAUCACUGUGCAUAUGGCAGUCAAUGUGUUAAUUUAUCACCGUUUCAAAUUACUAUUUUAAGAAGCAUAGUCUUGGGUGAUAGUUCAACACAUCUAGAAGAAAAUAAUUUUACUAGUCUUUGUCCAUUAUGACCAUGUAUCACCAAUGAGCAAUAAUUUGUAUCACAUCUUGUUACACUCAAAAUGUGCAGUUGCUUUUUUUUCUAUUUAACAGAACCAUUUUUUGGCAAUGUAUUUUGGUUCACAAUGGUGACAACCUGUACUUUCCAGUGAGGCUAUCUAGGACAUUGUCCCAUGUUACCUUGCAUGAUUGAGACACAUACAGACUUCAAUUUCAUGCUGUUCUUAUAAAAUCAAACAAUGGAAAAUCCAGGAUGGAAUGUAACAAUAUUAUGAGAAGAAAAGUUGCUACCCACCAUGUAGUGGAAAUGCUGAGUCGCAGAUAGGCACAACAAAAAGACUCAAUUAUAGC